AUGGCCUAGAAUAUUAUAGUGGGAGCUAUUAAAAUAAAGGAUGGUUUAUUCAUAGGAGAUGAGUACGCCUCACAAGAUCGAGAAUUCAUUGUAAAUAAUAAAGUUACUCAUAUCAUCAAUUGUUCUGGUACAGAAGUGCAAAACAAGUGGAUCAUGAUCAAUGUAAAAUAUCUUACAUUCAAUUGGCUUGAAUAAGAUAAUGAAGUAAAACAUUCCAUUUAAAAGGUCUUAUUUGACGACAAAAACGAAAAUGUCAAUAAAAUUUAUGCAUUCAUCGAAGAGUGCUUUCAAUAAGGCGAAAGUUGUUUGGUUCAUUCACUCAGGGGUUAAAGCAGAGCAUGUUGCGUAUUGGCAGCUUAUUUUAUGAAAAAGUAUUCAUGGACACUCUACAAAACACUCGAAUAUCUCAAUUCUCGAAGACCAGAUCUUGAAAUAAGGGCGUCCUUCUUUUAUUAACUAAAUGCAUUAGAAUCCAAAAUGAAUAAGAAUGGGCCCAAGAGAACUGCUUCUUGGAAUCAAUUAACAUAGGACGAGCUGAAUCCUCAAUAACUCUAAGAUGAAUUAAUUAUAAGAAACACAUUUCUCAAUUCAUAAAAUGGACCGGUUGAUGAUAUCUACACCAAUUUACAAUCCAAACUAGUAUAAAUUUAAAAUACAUAAUAGUCAGUAUUAGGAAAGGUUUAUAAUCAGAAAAUUAAGUGGAAAGAUUAAUUGAACAAAGAAAACAUUUAGUUAUCUACCUUAGUCUAUUCAGGAUCUCCAGAUUUUGUAUAAAUUACAGACACUAAACUGAAAGAAGAUAUUGACUACCAAUCUAUUUUAAAAGGAGUAUAAAAAACUACUUUAAAUUAACCUGCAAAAUAACCGUAAAUCUAACACAAUUUUCCUAAGUUUCCAAACUAAAAUAACCACAUUUGUAAAUAACUCAAAUAAGAUGAUUGUGAAUCAUUUAAAUAAAAUGCUUAAAUGAGUAAUAAUUAAUCCUUUUAAAAUUUACUAAUGCAUUGUGCAUAAAGAUAAAAGUAAAAUUCAUAAUAGGAAAAAAAGACUUCUCCUAUAUCAUCAGAUCAAAUGUAAAGUCCUUAGUUCAUUAAUCAGCCAAGUGGAGUGAGAAGCACAUCUUUAUAAUAAAAUGAUGAUAAGAAGAAUUAAAAUGAUCUUACGAAUAAUCGUCCAAGUUCUGUCAAAUAAAAGGAUGCUUCUCCAUCUCUCUUAACUAACUUUUAAGAAUUUAAAAAUCAAGUAUAAUAAUCAUUACAUUAUUUUAAUAAAUAGUCUGAAACUAUAUUAAAUAUGGAUAAACAUUUAAUGAACGUUGUUUAAUAGUAAUAAUAAUAAUAAUAAUAAUCUAAUAUUUCAAAUUAAUCUUAAUAAAAUGAUUCAAAAUUAUAAAUCUAAUUAUCUCCAUAACAGCAAUUAGCAUCCCAAUAAAAGACUAAAUUAGAUUAAUUAAUUAGUCCAACAUUGAUUUCUACUAUGAGUUCAACAAAACAUUCAGAAAUUUAAAAAACCUUAACUUAAUCCAUAACAUAAUUAUAAUCAAGUUAUUAAAAGUUUUAAUAAUUGUAAAUGAAUAAUUAGAUGAAACUAUCAUAGUCGACUAGUCAAAUUCAACAGCAACAGCAAAAUAAUAGUAAAAUUUCAGCAGAAUAAAGUACAACAAAUAUAGCAAACAUUUCUAAAAUUUAAGAUAGAAGUAGUUCUCUCAUAAAAAAAGGAGAAGAUUUAGACAGUAAGAAUAGGCCAAAUAGCGCUGAUAUUAAGGAUCAAUAAAAAAGCAAUAGCGUUUAAAAAAAGGAGAGUUUAUCUCCAUUUCAAAAAGAUCCAAUUAAGAAAAUGCAUUAAUAUGGACCCCCUUUACCUUAGUCAAAUUCUUAACUUUAUCUUAGAAAUGUCUAAUGUCGAAGAUAAGCUGCAUCCACAUUAAGGAAUCAGUAAAAACCGAAUAAUUCAUUUCAAGAUAAAUAUUUAAAUCAAAGUGCUAAUUAAGUACAGAAUAAUAGUAGUUUUAACAACAAUAGUAAUUCAAAUAUAGAGCCAGAUUCAAAGAUGCAGUAAAAAGUAGUUUAGGGAUUGGCUUCUGAUGUAAACCAUCUGAAAAAGUUGAUUUCACCUUAAAGUUUGACAAAAAGUUAAGCAUAAUUUUUAAAAAAUCAACCCAUUAGAGUUUUAUAAGAAUUGACAGAAAAAACUUAGAGUAUCAAACAAAUCAAAGGAAAGGAUAGUAUUUAAUCAGCAGCCAUAACAUUUGUGUAAAAACCAUCAACAGUGAAUACAAGAACAUUCUCACCAGCAAUUAAAAAUGAUCAAAAGUGCAAAAGCAGUCAUGUUGGGAAUCCUUAAAAUUUGAGGUCGAAGAUAAGAAAUUCAUCCCCUGGUUUAAACAAAGAUUAGGAGAGUUCAAGUUCUUUUUCGUAUUCAAAUGUAAAUACUACUUAGCCAGAGAAGAAUAGUUGGAAAAUGCUUUGA